AAACCGUUAAAUUGAAAUUUCCAAAAUCUAAAAUAUCCGACGUGAACCUAAAUUGGGUAACCCAACACCCAAGCCUGGUCAAAACGAAAAGCUUUGGAAUAUUAACCAUCGAGAAUCUUAUCUUCCUCCGGUUUAGUUAUUACAUUUCCGAGCAAUUGUGGGAGAGGUCGUGUUGACUAGUUGUGGAGGAGGAGAACAGAGAGAAGCAUUUUUUUUCCAAUAAUCAUCAUCAUCCCCAAAUCGCUCUCUCUUUUUUUUGGGUUAAAUUCUACCAAUCUUGAAUCUUGACAAAUCCAUGGAUCAAAAGCCUCUAGGAUUGCUGACAAUUCACAUCAAAAGAGGUAUUAAUCUCGCCAUCCGUGACCAUAGAAGCAGCGAUCCUUAUGUUGUUAUCACCGUGGCUGAUCAGACAUUGAAGACACGUGUGGUGAAGAGAAACUGCAACCCAGUAUGGAAUGAAGAAAUGACCGUUGCAAUCAAAGAUCCAAAUGUCCCAAUCCGCUUGGCAGUGUUUGACUGGGACAAGUUCACUGGAGAUGACAAAAUGGGAGAUGCAAACGUAGAGAUUCAGCCAUACUUGGAGGCUCUGAAAAUGGGGAUGGAGCUUCUGAGGCUCCCUAAUGGAUGCGCUAUCAAAAGGGUUCAGCCUUCGAGGGAAAACUGUUUAUCAGAUGAAAGUAGCAUUGUCUGGAACAAUGGUAAGAUCACUCAAGACAUGAUCCUUAGGCUCAACAAUGUUGAAUGCGGAGAGAUUGAGAUCAUGCUUGAAUGGCAUGAAGGUGCUGGUUGCAGAGGUGUAACUUCCUCUGCCAAAGGAGCAGGCUCUUCCUAUACCUAGGAAAUGUUUUGCCCUUGUUGUUAGUCGUAUACUCGAUGAAUGAUCUCUUGUUGUUGUUUCGAUAUGUAUAAGAGAUUUGAAGCAUAUUUAUUUGAUGACAACUUCAUUUAAGAAGAAAUCUUGCGAAUUUUGUUUCUAAAAAAAAACAAUCUUGAGAAUUUUUGUAUUUGAAUAUCCUUUGAUUAUUGCAGUUUCUUUGAAUUUUUGUA